CUUGCCGAUGCGCCGGUGGCAGCGAGUCGGCGACGACGACGACGGAACCGACGAUGUGGUUCAUGUACGCGCUGAGCUGGCUGGCGCUGCUCAUCCAGGCCGCCUUCGUCACCCUCGGCAUCGCGGCUGGAUUGUACUACUUGGCCGAGUUGAUCGAAGAGUUCACGGUAGCUACGAGCAGGAUCAUUAAAUACAUGAUAUGGUUCUCCACGGCGGUGCUGGUCGGGCUGUACCUCUUUGAGAACUUCCCAGGCCUGACGAUCGGCGUGGGCCUCUUCACCAACCUGGUCUAUUUCGGAUUGCUCCAGACCUUCCCUUUCAUCAUGCUCACCUCCCCAAACUUCAUCCUGUCCUGCGUCCUGGUCGUGUUGAAUCACUACUUGGCGUUCCAGUAUUUUGCAGAAGAGUAUUACCCGUUCUCAGAGGUCCUCGCCUACUUCACCUUCUGCCUGUGGCUCAUUCCCUUCGCCUUUUUCGUCUCCUUAUCUGCCGGGGAGAACGUGCUGCCGUCCACUGUGCAGACGGGAGAUGACGUGGUGUCCAACUACUUCACAAAAGGCAAGAGGGGAAAACGCUCGGGCAUCCUCGUCAUCUUUUCGUUCAUCAAGGAAGCCAUCCUGCCGAGCCGCCAGAAGAUCUAUUGAUGCCGCCGCUUCCCCUGAACACCUCCUGCUCGUACCUGGAUACGUUUAUCCAGAUGGAACUUGGGGUCCUCGCGUGCCACGGCCGCCGCCUCACUUUGCCAUAUUUGGAAUGAACCUAUCAUGACACGUGGGACAGGCACCUGUCGAUAUCAGCAGCCCGAAACUCGGGGAGGGUUGUUGCUGGGAACGCCCGGUUUUGCACAGUCGGCUUAGGGAGGUGGCCGUGGUCACGGCACGGGAGAGCCCUAGGAGACUUUGGAUCUUGCCUCUGCAGUCUGGAUGGGGCCCUUUGAGCUGUCGUUUUUUGUAUCGAAAGCCAAAAUGCUUCCUGAGCAAGGUGCACCAGCCAGGGACAGACCUUUCCCCCUUUUUAUGAAGUCGUUCUAAGGUUUUACCGGUGGGUUUCUCCAGGCUUCGGAUCAGUGCACAGAAAACGUUCCCAAGCGCUGCUCUGUAAGCCAUUGCCCACCGACUUCCAAACCACAAUUCUUCUUAUAAAUACAUCUCUGAAGUCGUGACGGAGAGAUGGGCAGGGAUCAUGGCUCCUGUGUUUCUUUUACGUGACAUUUUUGGAGACAGACCUGUGAUCAGCGUUUGCAUAAAGGAAUCCUGGCCCUUUGGACAAGGAACUGUGAAUCUCCUCUUCGCCGUAGUUGCAGAGAGUCUGCAGGGCCCUUUGGAGUGACUUUUGGGCGCGGCCCAAAGGUCAUUUGCACGGGGACUUCUUUGAUUUCCACUGUCCGGCAUUUGAGUUAAAUAAAAGUUUUUGAAAAUACCUGUUCAAAGAUGAGGGCAGUUGGGAUAUCCCACACCUGGCAAGUUCUCGCUCCCUUGGAAGCCGCAUCACGGAGUGGAAAAUAAGCAGCCCGCGUGCCUGAAGAGGUUGGGGCGGGGGUGGGAGGUGAAAUGGCUCUUUGUCAAGAUGUGGAGAUUGCUGCCUUUUUGGUUCCAGUGUCAAAUCCGCCUUCUCUGGCAUCGCCUUGUCUGCCUGGGUUCCAGUGUCGAUUCUACUCUCUGGGGCGUCAGUUCCCCCAGCCCAC